CGUCCUUAUAGAUGUCUCUAGUUUCUACCAGGAUUAACCUGACAAAUAUAAGAUUUGUCAGGACCUAUCAUGCCGGUGUUUAUAAAAGAAUUAUGUCAACGUUACAUUAUAUUUUCUUAAUUGCUGCGUUUUACGUAGGUUACUGUGAAAAACAAUAUUGUUCUAUUGACGGAGUAAAAGAUUGUGACAAGGAAGAGAAAACUAAUAUUUAUACUGAAGCAGCUUUAAAUAAACAAUUUCAUAAAUAUCACUAUACAAUUGAAGAAGCAAAAAAAAGUUAUAAACCUUGUAAUAAUACUAACAAUGGAUGCUAUAAGGAUGUUAUUAUACGUGACUUAAAACCAUUCAAACAGAAGGGUAUAAAUAAGGAUUUAAUAAAUACGGCAAAAAAUAGGGGAACAUUUUAUCAAAUAAUACAAGGAAAACUAUAUAGACAAAAGGAUUGUAUGUUCCCAUCAAGAUGUGCUGGUAUAGAGCACUUCCUUUUAAAAUUGGCAUCUAACUUAUCAGAUGUGGAUUUAGUGAUAAACACACGGGAUUAUCCUCAAACUAGUAAACAUUUUGGUGAUCCAUUGCCUAUCUUCUCAUUUAGCAAAACUGCACAAUAUUAUGAUAUUACAUAUCCAGCAUGGUCAUUUUGGGAAGGUGGACCUGCAAUUUCUUUAUAUCCUCGAGGACUGGGUAGAUGGGAUGAACAUCGUACAUCAUUAGAGAAAGCUAGCAAAAAUAUACCAUGGGAAAAAAAAGAAAAUAAAGGAUUUUUUAGAGGCUCUAGAACUAGUUCAGAGCGGGAUAAUUUGGUAUUACUAAGUCGCAGUAAACCAGAGUUAGUGGAUGCUCAAUAUACAAAGAAUCAAGCAUGGAAAUCUGAUGAAGACACACUACAUGCGCCUCCAGCUGCUGAAGUCUCUUUAGAAUCUCAUUGUAAAUAUAAAUAUUUGUUCAAUUUCAAAGGUGUUGCAGCAUCAUUUAGGCACAAACAUUUGUUUCUGUGUAAAUCUUUAAUAUUUCAUGUUGGGGAUGAGUGGACUGAAUUUUAUUAUGAUGCAAUGGUGCCUUGGAUUCAUUAUAUACCUGUCUCCAAAGAUGCUAAUCAAUCAGAAUUAGAAGAGAUAAUAGAAUUUGCAAAGUACAAUGACGAAUUAUCCAAGGAAAUUGCAAAUCAAGGAAGGGAUUUUAUAUGGAAUAAUUUAAAAAUGACAAAUAUUUUACAAUUUUGGAAGAGAUUAAUACAAAAGUAUUCUAAACUUUUAACAUACAAACCUUCUCUAGAUAAAACUUUGAUCAGAAUUAAAAAAGGAAAAUCUUAAACAUAAUACAAUUUUCAUUUAAUAUAAAUAAUUUUAUAUAUCUUUUUAUUAAAAUUUCAAUCUUAUGAUGUAAAAUAUUAACCAAUAAAAAUAA